GGCUGGUGCACGGUUUACCUUCUUCGACGCCGUCGGACGUCGCCGUAUAAUAGCAAGCUAGACGAAGCAGGCUAGUGUGUGUGCUGAGACGUUGUUGCUGUUUCGUGUCGGAGCUGCCAUUGCCCGCGGACAGCGAGCGAGCGCCUCCGCAAUGAGAUCGCCGCUCGUUUUAUACGAGCUGUCGUGUGCACUGUGGAUUUUUACGUUCGGCCUGCUCGUAUGGCGGGUGGGUGCGAUAUGCGAUCAGGCGCAUCAAAUGUUUGAUGCGGAUUCGGAAAGUUGUUUACACUUCUACAUGUGUAAGUCGGAUGGGAACCACCACCGUAUGCAUUGCCAACCCGGCCUUUACUGGAACCAACGUGCGCGCACGUGCGACUGGCCGUUCAAUGCGAAGUGUAAAGAUGCCCUUGGCUCGCUUGUGGGGAGAGUGCAAGCGCCAAGGCGGCAGAUCGAAGCGAGAAGAUUUCGUGGAACUGCGAGGUGUGGCCCUGAGGAGUUCGCUUGCCACGUUGGCGAACAGUGCAUCGAGAGCCGAAACGAAUGUGACGGCGUUGUUCACUGUCUCGAUGCUUCGGACGAACACAGCGACUGCGGUGAAUUCGAGGUUGGCAACGCUACGCUGUGCUCGUCUGGACACACGCACGAACCGGAUCCGGACAGCUGUGCUCGAUACUACCUGUGCAAACCACGGAUUAUACUUCGUCACUGCCAACCCGGAUUGCAUUUUAAUGUCAAAAAACAAACGUGCGUGUGGCCUGUCGACGCUAAAUGCGACCCAUCUAUAACUGCACCACCGGAAGUAGACACAUUGACAACAACAGCGAUUCCGUGUCCAUACCAAUGUUUGUCUGGCGAGUGUCUCAUCGAGGCGCAAUGGUGCAACGGUAUUCCCGACUGUCGGGAUUUGACGGACGAGAUUAAUUGUCGCAAUGUAUGCAAUAACUACACCUGCGUUCUACCUGACUGCGCAUGCAUGGGAACAGCAACACCUAACAACAUGCCAACUAGCAUGAUCCCUCAGAUUGUGACGCUGACGUUUGAGGGUGGCAUUCGUCAGCAAGACUAUGACAUCGUUUAUAAUCGCAUCCUUCGGCGGGGCCGGAAAAACCCGAACGGCUGCGCGAUAUCCGCCACCUUCUUCGUGUCGCACGAGUACACCGACUACGUCGCCGUGAAGAGUCUUUACUACGACGGCCACGAGAUGGCGGCACAUUCCAUCAGCAAACGUUUCCCGGAGUCGUGGUGGCGGAAAGCGUCGUACAAAGAGUGGGAGCAGGAGAUCGCCGAAGAACGAAUCAUGCUGAACAAGCUCGGCGACGUCAACUUCAUGGACGUGCGGGGCAUGCGCGCUCCCUUCCUACAGGUCGGCGGCAACACGCAGUUCCAGAUGCUGCACAACAACCGCUUCCUCUAUGACUCGUCGAUGCCCGUCGCCGAGUCGAACCCGCCGCUGUGGCCGUUCACGCUCGACAUUCCGAGCGGUCACCGCUGCAUACGGUCGCCGUGUCCGACGAAGCGCUUUCCGGGGCUCUGGGAGGUGCCGCUCGUGUUUCUCGAAGGCGACGAUGGGUUGCCGUGCGCGACCCUGGACGGUUGCAGCAUGCCGCGCACGAAGACGGGUCUCAUUCGCGUGCUGAAGCACAACUUCGAGCGCCACUACGCGAGUAACCGCGCGCCGCUGAUGCUGUCGCUGAGUAGCAGAUGGUUCACGGGUCUGUACGCCGAUGCGCGGCUCGCCGCCAUGGAAGAGUUUCUCGACGAGCUGGCGACGAAGGACGACGUGUGGCUGCUGACCGUAUCCGAAAUGAUCGCUUGGAUCCGAAAUCCGGCCAAGCUCGAGAUGAUGAUGCGCAACGCAACGACGCCGUGGGCGUGCGACCGCACGCGGCCCGAGCCGUGCUCGAGCGAUGAGGCGAACGUGUGCAACUACGGGACGACGCAUCUUAUGGGAGAUAAGAAUAAGUUCGUGCGAACGUGCUCGAAAUGUCCGCGACGAUACCCGUGGGUUGGAAACCCGUCGGGCAGUUGACUAGAGUUAAAUCACGCACGCGUCCCAGCUAAGUGGGAAUAGGCACAGAGGAUCGAACGAGCGAUGCCGAGAGUGUUUGGACCGUGCCCGUGCAGCGUUUGCCAUGUGCACGUUUCCUGUCGAGCAUGAUUUCGCAAAAGAGUGCAGGGCGUAGUUCUCUGCAGUGCAGUUGAUCUGUCUUAAAUCUGUACACUAUUUUACACGUUCGGUAAGCGGUAAUAUCGAAUACGUCAUGUAAAGUAUUUGUACGGAUUUACCAACUGUUCAACAUACAAGAGCUCCAUCUACAUCGUAACGUGAUAUAUACGCCUGAUACGCGUCGAUUCAACAAACAUGCGUUCUUCAUAAAUUAUAUGUCGAAUAUGCUCAAUAAUAAAUAUGUCGAUCUCUGUUUCCUAUUAA